AUGGAACAAAUUAGGCGUAUUAGAGCCAUACUUGCAGGAAUUAACUUCAAUGCGGAUUUCAAGGAGCAUGCGGUGAGUUCCUAUAAUGAUGCCAUUGUUAUAUGGUCCUCCGGGUUCAGUUUCUACAGGAAAAUACUCAACAGUAUUCGUGAUGACUUGGAGAGAAGGGGGGAUUCCAGAGGUACUUCUGCUACCGAUGCAGCUAAAGGGGCGCUGGAGGCCUUAUCAGACUUUAUAGGGAACCAGGCUUUUUGUCAGAAUGCAUCACAUGAUAAAGAUUGCUGUUUUAAUGAUUACUUCAUAACCUUUUCCAACUACUUCCAAAGAAUUGAUGACAUGAAAGAAAACUUUCUAAGACUAUUCGACACAUUUAAGAAUGCACUUAGGGCAUUACUGCCAUAUGUUAGUGAAGACUUGAAGAUUCGAAAGACAACAUCAUCUGAGGAGGUGUCCUUAAAAACAGUCCUCCUAGAUCUUCUAGACAUGGAAAGUGUGUAUGGCUCCAUGUUCUAUGGUACGAGUGGUGACAGGGGGCUAUCCACUUUCCUUCGGCAUCUGAAUGAUAUCCUAGGCCUUCAUGUUUUUGGAAGAUAUUUUGGUUAUGAUGUUGACGAUGCUUCUCUCGGAUGUUUAGGGGAAGUUGGACGAGAACUGGAUGCUUUGGAAAAGGAGAUUAACAUACGCAUGCUUUCUGAGGCCCAAAGAGCACGGGUGCAAGGGGCUCUUCGUGAUGUCAGGGAGUCCAUUGGAUCCCUUAUCCAGAAGCUACAGGCCCUUAGAGCAGCAUAUGACCAGGCCGUUGUUGAUAUUAAGAAAAAUGGGGCAUCAUUUGCCCCCAAGUUCAAUGAACUAGAUCAAAUGCUAGGUGAGGCCAGCAGUGGCCUGGAUGACCUAAGGCAGAAGAUCGAUGAGCUUGAGAAGGCCCUCCCUCCUCCUUUGCGACUCCACGGGCGCCUGUGCCUUGUGUUUGCAGCCGUUCUGGUGGUCCAGUGCAUCCUCUGGUAUCUUGAGGAGGAGGACAGUGCAACUCGGAGGGCGUGGAACACGGGGGUGUACUCGCUGGCCGUGGCAGGGACCAUUGUAUACCAGGUGUGGAGGCUGGCAACGAGGUACCGUGACGACGGGGUGAUUGGGAUGCUGAGGGAGGAGUGGACUGCAGUUGGGUGCAUUGUGCCGAUGGCAGCCGGGCUUCUCCACGGGGGCGUGGUCAGGAGCAGUGUGUACAGCAUGACGGUGGCAGGCAUUGGGGCCGUUAUGAUGGCUGUGCAGGGCGGUGUGCUGUGUGGGAUGUCGCUGAUGCAGGUGUGUGUGGUUGUGUGUGGGAACCUGGUUCUCGGGGCUCUGUGUGUUGGCGGAGACGGGGAGUGGAGCCUGUAUCUGUGUGUUGCGGCUGUUGUGUUUGCAUCUGUUCUGCUUCUCGUGUUGAAUGUUGGCGGGGGUGGAGAGAAGAGUGUUGGCGAGGGCAUUGAGAGUAUGGUGUUUGUGAUGAGCAUGCUUGUGUGUGUGUGUGUGUCGUAUGUGUGUGGACGGGACUACGACAUGGUGUAUGGGGGGGGGGGGGUGCCAGAAAAGUACCUUCGGGCUGGAUGA